CCUCAUCUAUCACUACUACUACCAUCACUACCGGGUAAUUUACAGUAUCCUCCCAUAUUCAACCUAACCAUGUUCGGCUCACACCACCAGAGAACUCGCUUGUGUGGUUGUUGGUAUGGAUGCUCGCAGCCCAACAGUUCCUAUCCACAGAAGCAAUACCUCCCACAGGUAGAGUUGUCGACGUCCACAAACAUUCUGGCCAUCACCUCACGAACCACGCUGAAACAAACAUUCGUCAAUGACCGGAACGAAAAGCUCGACGAGGUUCGAUACACUUUUCCAUUGUACGAUGGAGUCAGUGUCGUUGAGUUCACCUGCACCGUUGGCUCCAAGACUUUAGUCGGAGUAGUCAAGGAGAAACAGCAAGCCAAGGUGGAAUAUGAAGAAGCAGUUGCUCGCGGUGAGACGGCUGGCUUGCUUCAACAACUGCCAGAGGCUUCUGACGUCUUCACCACCACAAUCGGCAAUGUGCCACCUAACGAAAAGAUCUACGUUCAGAUUGUCUACCUCGGGGAACUCAAGUACGAUGCCGAAACAGGAGGCUCACGUUUCACCAUACCGACUACGAUCGCACCACGUUAUGGCCCCAUCUCGACGGAGUCGGCAGCAGCGUUGAGCAAACCCCUCGCAAACGCCAAUAGCGGCAUUUCCAUCUUGGUGAAUGUCACUCUCGAAAACGGUUCGAUUGUACGAGGUCUUCAGUCACCCAGUCACCCAAUCGCCGUUACCAUGGGCCGUACUAGUCUCAUGGAAGAGGAUGCUUUCCAAACCAACAACGCCUCAGCGACCUUGACCCUUGGCACGACCGAGCUCGAUAAGGACUUUAUCAUUGUCGUGCUUGCCAAAGACACCGAGACCCCACGUGCACUGCUUGAGACACAUCCACGGUUUCCCAAUCAGCGUGCAAUAAUGACGAGCCUGGUGCCUAAAUUCGCCCUGCCAAAUAUCUCCCCCGAGAUUGUAUUUGUGGUUGACAGAAGUGGCAGCAUGUCCAGCAAUAUCCCACUCCUCAUCUCCGCCUUGAAGAUAUUCUUACGCUCUCUCCCCGUCGGGGUCAAGUUCAACAUCUGCUCCUUUGGCUCUUCUUUCUCCUUCCUCUUCGACAAGAGCAAAACCUACGACCAAUCGAGCUUGAAGACAGCUCUCAAACACAUCGAAGGUUUCAGUGCCAACCUUGGCGGCACGGAGAUGUUGAAGCCCGUGGAGAAGACGGUCAAGAACCGAUACCCCGAUCUUCCUCUCGAAGUGAUGGUUUUGACUGACGGUGAAAUAUGGAAUCAGAACGAGCUAUUCGAUUUCGUCAACAAUACCAAGAACGCUCGGUUCUUCUCCCUAGGUAUUGGACACGGUGCGUCUUCUGCUCUCGUCGAAGGCAUCGCACGUGCGGGCAACGGCUUUGCUCAGUUCGUGGGUGACAACGAGAAGAUGGACAAGCGCGUCGUUCGUAUGCUCAAAGGAGCCUUGACCCCUCACAUUACAGACUACACUCUUGCCGUCACGUACGACCAAGACUCGAUCUCUCAAGAUGAUGACUUUGAGAUGGUCGAGGCCAUUGACAGCUCAACCAAAACUGUUGUUGUGACUGACUUGCAGAAACCCGCGGAGAAAAAGACGAUCUCACUUUUCGAUGCGAAUGCAUCGGAAGAACCCACCAACCCUCCAACCAGUCGUUAUAACGGUCUUCCUGAGGUCCCGGUUCCCAAAGUGUUGCAAGCACCCCAUAAGAUUCCGGCGUUGUUCCCCUUCAAUCGUACCACGGCUUAUCUCCUGCUCGGUCCAGAUGCUCCUCAGAAGAUCCCAAAGGCAGUCACACUGCGAGGAACCAGUGAGCACGGACCGCUGGAGCUCGAGAUCCCCGUCCAGGAUGUUGGAGUUGGCGAAACAAUCCACCAACUCGCCGCGAAGAAGGCAAUUCAAGAACUCGAAGAGGAUCGUGGCUGGAUCACAGAAGUGCAUGACAGUCAUGGUCAGCCUCUCAAGUCCGCCCACGAAGGUAAAUGGGAUCUCAUAGUCGAACGCGAAGCCGUCAGACUAGGUGUCCAGUUCCAGGUCGGCGGAAAAUGGUGCUCAUUCAUUGCUGUUGAGGCGAACACUGUUGCCGCUGACGAUCCAAGUAAAGGUAUUGUUGCGUCGCGCGACUCGUCGAGUAAGUCUCAUCCCAUUGAACCCUCUUCGUCGGCGUUCCGGAAUCCUGGAGAAGCUCAACUUACUGCCCGCGAUUUGGAUCUCCCCAAUUUGCGCCGUUGCCAAUUGCGUCAGUUGAGUGCCUUGUCGUAUGGCACUUCGACAUCAACAGUGCCCCCGGGGCGUCAUUCCUCUCAGCAGUCGACAACUAUACUCUUUAGUGGCGUGUCGGGAAAUUCUGGCUCAAGCUCGUACUCUCCUGGUGUUGCUACACCGCCGGCCGCGUCCAAUACAAGAGGAGGCGGUCUUUUUGGUUGUUCGACGGCUUCAGGGUUCGGUGCAGGCUCACAACCUUGCGUUCCCUCCGCUGGACUGUUUGGCAGCUCUCGCUCUUCGUAUCCGACGGGUUCACAACCUGGAUCUUUUACACAGCCUGGAGGACCUUGUUCCGUCACCCUCAGCAAUGCAUUGUCCGGCGCGAGCUCAGCCACCACCGCUGUAGCGGACGCGAAACCAUACGCCGACGAAAUGAUGGCGUCAGCGUCAAUGCCUUUACCUGACGAAUCGGACAAAGAUGAGGACAUCCACGAGGACAGCAGCAACCGCAGCGACUUUUCUUCCGGCCUCGAUCAUGCUUCUUCUUUGUUCCCCCGUUCUCGUGCCCAAGACACUGACACAAUGGACCCCACAGGUGGUCAAGCGUCUUCUUUCGAGACCAUGACUAAGAAGAGAGCAGCAGGUGGACCCUUGGCCCCUCCUCCCCCGGCACCGCUUCAGCAACAGCAGCAGAGAGCUUCUUCCCCGGGCUCACCGUCACCAGAUUUGCGCAUGACAUAUUUCUCCGCUUUCUCGCCGUCACCACCAGACACGUCGUCGUCGACACCGCCACCACCACCACCAGCACAAGGGCGCGAUCGUGAUGUCCGGGCCAGACAGACUGCACGCCGAUCUACGGGCGGUAAAGCUCCACGAAAGCAACUCGCCUCCAAAGCAUGUCGUAGAUCCGCUCCGACGACAACCACCCACGAUCGUGUGGCUGACGUCGGUGUCGACAUGGAUGGAGGAGAAGGAGAACCCGAGGAGACCAACGAUGGCAACAACAACACCAAAGACGGCCCCACCUCCCUCGUCGAUCUCGACGACAAGGAAAAGAUGCACAAGAUCAUCGACCUUCAAGAGUUCGAUGGAUCGUGGACCCUUUCCGAGUCUCUCUUGGCCCUCGUCGGCGGUUUGACGGUUGACCAGGUCAAGAAGAGUGUGACAACCGUCACAGUCUCCUCCUCGCCAGCGGAUGAUACGUCCAUCGCCACGGCGUUGGCUAUCGCAUGGCUCAAGUCAAAGGUCCCAGGAGAAGAGGACGUGUGGGAAAUGGUCGUGGAAAAGGCCGAGGGUUGGCUCAAAACCAUACUCGGCAGUGAUGGAACGACGGACAAGGCUCUCAUGAGCGAGGUUGCAAAGUUGAUCGGAUGAUUUUUGUCAUUCUCGUGCCCAUCACGAUCAGAUCAGAUCACGGCUCACGUUUCACGCGUACCACGCACCGCUUUAACGCGUAAAGGGUUUGCAAAAGGAGAAGAGCAAAAGAGCAAAAACAAGUUUCAUAUGAUUAUCACGAAAAAAAAAGAGUUACGAAUCACGAAUCAUUAAAUGCACCAAAAAUCAGUGUAGCUUUUCGGAGAGUCAGUUCAUAGUUUAGUUGAUCCAUAGACAAUGCAAU